AUGGUAGUUCACCCUAGACUGGCGGGUCAAAAAUCCAUCUCGGCGACGAUUAUCUUAUCGCCUCGAAAACUGAAGAUUUCACCGAAUGAUACUGCGCCUUCAACCGUGAUAUGCUGUCGGCGAUUGAGGGAAUUCAUUCGCGUAGCAAAAAGAGCCAUUGAGUUGCACGUCGCGUCUGUGCGUCUGGAGACCUUCAAUUCAUCCCUCUUGGAGCUUUCUCAAUCCGUGAACCAAAUGGCGGAACAGGAAUAUGCCAAUGUCUCAGCCAGUGCUACAGAUCUCAUGAACGCUUUUACCCGCUCCGGUAACAGUAGACGCAUCUCCAAUAGCAACCCCGCCAAGACGAGAAUGAGUUCAGUCAGGGGAAUUUGCGAGGGCUUAAGACAGGGCCUCUCCCUCGUCUCCCGAACGAACACCCUUCUUUCCAGUGAAUUUGGUGAAUUCGCACCCCUCCCAACCAAAACUUACCGUCACACGCUGAUAGUAGUCUCUGUGCUGAUUGCAGCGAGUCAUAUUGUAAAUUCUGGUCUUCUCCUUCUUUCUCAAUCCGAUUUAACCCGGUAUACACACGCUGAGCUUUGGGAGAUAACGCGGGGGAUGGAGGAAUUAAGCAUGCUCACAGAACAAGUUCAGGAGCAGUUGGAUGAGAAAAAACAGUUUCAACUUCGUCGUCUGCUCCUAGACGAAUGUCCCUUCAGUAGUGUCAACGUGCCUCUUGAGCAGCGUCUGUCAGAACUCUCCCUUCUCACCGACCCGAUUGAUAGCUUGAGACCAGCCUCUGUCGGUCACAUAAUCUAUCUCCUUGCUCGCUAUCGCUCUUCAGCUCUAGCUCGUAUUCUUGCUGGAGACCUACUACAGGCUUUGGGAUGUCCUGAAGGUAGAAUUGACUUUCUCACUGAGGUGGUUCGAAAGGAGUACGAGUUUUGCUCCAACUUUCUCGACGUUAUGACCCAGUCAACAGAGUUGUUGCGGAACCUUCGCCGAGCUCAGGAGACUGUGGAUGCACAUCCUAGGAGUAUCCUGCAUCAGAUGUGCCCCAUCAGUUCUGUCCAACGCACAAACUCUAGGAUCUGUCGAAAAAGCGUUCACAUCAGCAAGACUGAAUCAAUUGACAAAUUCAUUUCCACGUUUUCCGAGAAACCCUCCAAGGAGGCCAAACCGUCUGCUCUGAUUGAGGAAGGCGAUGAAGACAGAGGCGAGAAACACCAAAAGAAAGUUGUCCAUUGGAGUGACUACUACGAGGUUCCACUAAGACAUCAGGUUGUGGGGCGCUACCUGCAACUCACAUGGUUAGGCAUUAGUGAGGAAUUGGAUGGACUCUUACAGGUGGUUCACCCUACUGACUUGACUGGGACUUCAAAGGCUUCUCCUCCUUGGCCUCUGCUGAGCAAACACCAGGUUCGUCAGCUAAUCAGUAGACUUCAGGAAUUUGGAACAAGAGAUGGCCUUCCUUUGGCAAUAAAGAAUGGCAUUUACCGACAAGCGGAGCGAGUGAGGCUAAAUGCUGACAUUCAUGAUUGGCUCGCCUGGCGUCCAGACAAAUGGAUUUCUGAGGCUGGCGACAAAGAUGUGUUUUACACACCUCUUGGACAGGUUUUCAAGAAUUUCUUCACCGAACUGCUGAAGAGCAGACUAAUUGAGGUCGAAGAGCUCCUGAAACGACUUUCCGAGAAUGCUCGCAAGUGUUUUGAGCGACUUGGACUGAAUAAAGAGCCAACGAGCCAGCAGGUUGAGUUUUCACAUCGACUACUGCGCCUCCAUUUGAGUCAGUGUUUCCGCGUAUUAGACAAAUUUCUCGCAGGAAUUUUGCAAGGAUUUCAACGAAUCAUUAUUGGGGCCCAGUCUCAUCUCGAAUCUGCCCCUACCGUUACAGAAAUCGCCUUUAAAGCCUGCCAUCAUCUAAACCUAUGUCUUUCAUUGCUUGACUUACUUCGAUUUGCAUUGGAAUACUUCGCAUCAUUCCGGGGAGAAUCGGAUAACCCUCGACUGAUUGCAGAGGUCGUUAGUUCAACUUUCGAGGAGGAAUUUAUUGCACACCGAUUGGUCGACUUAGAGGGGGUGGAUGGUCAAAUGGCUCUGUGCGCGGCUCAUUCCCGAUUUUGGACGGAUUUGGCUUUACAACAAUCUUUUGUACUCAAUCGAGAAUUGACGAAUGCCGAUGGUCCGAAUGUGGCGGAAAUUGAGAGAAUUUGUGGAGUCCUUCUCAAAGUUGUAGAAAAUUUUCAUCGAUUUGACCUUAUUGGACAUAAUAGUCUAACUGGCAGUGACUAUAGUGCAUCAGAAGUCGGUACAAAUGGAAUCCGGUGCCCGGAGUUGAACGCCAAGCUUGCAUCGACCAUCGCACAGACUACCUUAGCUUGUUUAGAGCGUGGAUUCUCGGCGAAUGUAAGCGCCAAUGCCGUGAGCCGAAUUAAUUCUAUUCAGUGCCUCCUGGCAAAAUUACUGGCAUUCAUUGAUCACAUUGAGGUUUCCGAAUUCAUAAGUUCGGAGAAGCAAAACCUUCUUUCCCGAUGCAUAUCCCUUGUGGAUAGAUUGCAACCCAAAAGAAUGGAAUGCUGUGCCGGUGGUGGUUCGGGAAACCGCUCUUCCUCACAGACAAGAUCAAGGGAUGCGGUAAAUCGUUUGCAACAGUACUUUUCUGAGAAUGUGCUCAUUCCCCUGCACAACUCAACGCCCUUCUCAACCCUCGAGACUCUCUCCGCAAAUGUCAGAGCCUACUUCCACACCGAGAACAUUGUCUCCCGACCCUUUGGCUCAUCAACUAAGGACCUAUCCAAUAAGAGAUGA